AACCGCUGCACCCUCAAGCAACACUGCCCCCUCCCUGAGAACCAGUGGCUGGAGCACAAUGGUUUUAACAGCAAAUGCACCCAUCCUCGGAUCACACAGAUAAACCCUCUCCGGGGUCCUAGAGAGGGAGGCACCCUUGUAACCAUCCGUGGGGUCAACCUGGGACUAGACUUCAGAGAGAUUCAGAGUAAUGUCAAAGUGGCUGAAGUGGACUGCACCCCCAUACGUGAGGGCUACAUCCCCGCAGAACAGAUUGUUUGCGAGAUGGGUCGAGCAGAGAUGAGCCAGUACACAGGAAACGUACAGGUCUGUGUUGGGGUUGGACCAUGCAGACCUGAAUUCAUGGCAAAAUCCUCCAAAUACUACUACUUUGUGAUCCCACGCAUUACUAGCCUCAAGCCGAGCCGAGGGCCAGUCUCAGGGGGAACCAUUGUCAACAUAACAGGCAGUCACUUGGAUGCUGGGAGCAACGUGUCAGUCAUGUUUAAGGACCAGCCGUGCACUUAUUUGAGGAGGGGUGGCCAGUGGCUUACUUGCCGAACCCACGCUUCCCUGCAUGGCUAUGGGAAUGUGUCUGUGUCUGUGAGUAUAGAUAAGGCCCAACUCCAGAAAGACCUGCAGUUUGAAUAUGUCGAGGACCCCACCAUAACCAGGAUAGAGCCAGAGUGGAGCAUCUACAGUGGACACACUCCAGUAACAGUAACAGGGACAAACCUGGACAUCAUUCAGACCCCACUCAUCAGAGCCAAAUACAACCACCAUGAAACACUCAACUUAUGCAAGGUGCUGAGUCCCACGUCAAUGCAGUGCCAGGUCCCAGAACUACCCAUCAGUCUGGCCAGGCAGCAAGAGUCACCUGAAAGACCCGAUGAAUUUGGAUUCAAACUGGAUGAUGUGCAGUCUCUUAUGGCUCUCAACACCACCAACUUUAUUUACUACCCCAACCCUGAAUUUGAACCACUCAGUUCCUCUGGAGUUUUAGAGCUUAAACCUGGUUCACCCAUAAUACUAAAAGGCCGGAAUUUUCUUCCACCAACCAAUAGUGGAAAUGGAAAGUUGAACUACACAGUUCUGAUUGGCGACAAACCCUGCAUGCUAACCGUGUCCGAGACCCAACUCCUUUGUGAGUCCCCAAACUUGACUGGUCGACACAAGGUCCUGGCCCGUGUUGGUGGAAUAGAAUUUUCUCCAGGCGUUGUCCACAUCACGUCUGACAGCCCGCUCAGCAGCACUGCUAUCAUCGGCAUCGCUGCAGCCGGUGCUCUGCUCAUCUUUUUCAUCGUCGUGGUGCUCAUAGCUUACAAGCGCAAGUCUCGUGAGAGUGACCUGACACUGAAGAGGCUGCAGAUGCAGAUGGACAACCUUGAGUCACGUGUGGCAUUAGAGUGCAAAGAGGCUUUCGCAGAGCUUCAAACUGACAUCCAUGAGCUGACCAGUGAUCUGGAUGGUGCAGGGAUACCCUUCCUGGAUUACAGGACCUACACCAUGAGGGUCCUCUUUCCAGGCAUCGAGGAACAUCCUGUACUGAGAGAUUUAGAGGUGCCAGGCUAUCGCCAGGAGCAAGUGGAAAAAGGGCUGAAGCUCUUCGGUCAGCUCAUUAACAACAAAACCUUCCUGCUGUGUUUUAUUCGCACUCUGGAGGCCCAGCGUGGUUUCUCCAUGAGGGACCGCGGCAAUGUGGCCUCACUCAUCAUGACCGUGCUGCAGAGCAAGUUGGAGUAUGCCACUGAUGUCCUGAAGCACCUGCUGUCCGACCUUAUAGAGCGCAACCUUGAGAGCAAAAACCAUCCCAAACUGCUGCUUCGCAGGACUGAGUCUGUAGCAGAGAAAAUGCUGACCAACUGGUUUACGUUCCUCCUCUACAAGUUUUUAAAGGAAUGUGCAGGCGAGCCUCUCUUCUCCCUCUUCUGUGCCAUCAAGCAGCAGAUGGAAAAAGGCCCCAUUGACUCUAUCACAGGAGAGGCCCGCUACUCGCUCAGCGAAGACAAGCUCAUUCGACAACAGAUUGACUACAAGACGUUGGUGGUGAACUGUGUGCACCCAGAGAAUGAGAAAAGCCCAGAGAUCCAGGUUAAAGUGCUGAACUGCGACACAAUCAGCCAAGUGAAGGAGAAAAUACUAGAUGCCAUCUACAAGAACGUCCCAUAUUCACACCGUCUAAAGGCAUCUGAUAUGGACUUGGAGUGGCGUCAGGGUCGAGGACAGCGCAUGAUCCUGCAAGACGAAGACAUCACCACAAAGAUUGAAGGUGACUGGAAGAGACUGAACAUGCUGGCUCACUAUCAGGCACCUGAUAAUGCAGUGAUGGCCCUGGUUCCCAAGCAAGUGACAGCUUAUAACUCAGUAAAUAACUCCACGGUGUCCAGAACCUCUGCGAGCAAAUAUGAGAACAUGAUCAAGUACACUGGAAGCCCAGACAGCAUGCGUUCCCGCACCCCCAUGAUCACUCCGGAUCUGGAGAGCGGGGUGAAGGUCUGGCACUUGGUAAAGAACCAUGAGCACGGAGACCAGAAGGAAGGUGAUCGUGGCAGCAAGAUGGUCUCUGAGAUCUACUUGACACGACUUCUGGCUACUAAGGGAACGUUACAGAAGUUUGUCGAUGAUCUGUUUGAAACCAUCUUCAGCACGGCCCAUAGAGGCAGCGCCCUGCCUCUGGCCAUCAAAUACAUGUUCGACUUCCUGGACGAGCAGGCCGACAAACACAACAUCCAUGACCCACAUGUGCGGCACACAUGGAAGAGCAACUGCCUACCUCUGCGUUUCUGGGUGAAUGUGAUCAAGAACCCCCAGUUUGUGUUUGACAUCCACAAGAGUAGCAUCACUGAUGCCUGUUUGUCCGUGGUGGCCCAGACCUUCAUGGACUCUUGUUCCACCUCAGAACACCGCCUUGGGAAAGACUCACCAUCUAACAAGCUGCUUUAUGCCAAGGACAUCCCCAGUUACAAAAGCUGGGUGGAGAGGUACUACUCAGACAUUGGUAAGAUGCCAGCAAUCAGUGACCAGGACAUGAACGCCUACCUGGCAGAACAGUCACGGAUGCACAUGAAUGAGUUUAACACUAUGAGCUCACUAAGUGAAAUUUACUCUUAUGUGGGAAAGUACACUGAGGAGAUUGUGUGUGCACUGGAGCAGGAUGACACAGCCAGGAAACAGAGACUGGCCUUCAAGCUGGAGCAGGUGGUGGCCUUCAUGAGUCUGGAGAGCUGAGGACCGCACUUCCCAGGGUGCACUGGGAAGAGACCCCGUCAGAAACCGAGCCGUGCCUGAGCGAAGACCUGUCCCCAUCUUUUUCGUCAUAUGACUUCCGCCUUCUGCUUUUUAGAGAUGACUUCUUCCUCAACCUUUUUUCUGCUUCCUCCUCCCUGAGAGAUAUUUUUGUUUUCCUCAUCCACUCAGCUGCAUAAACUAGUUGACCUGAAUAUAUGUGAGAGGUGGCGAGCAGCUGAGAUCGGUGUCUCUCAGAGAAACGUGGGACAUCUUUCAGCUUCAGCACAGGGGGGGGGCUUCAUAGGGUGAUUGCUGGAAAGUUAGCCAUAUUGGCGCACACCCCCUGCUGGAAAUAAAGAAGGGAAAAACAUUUUAUGUUGCCUUUAAGAAUUUACACUGACGGUACUUCUUUGAAAACCACAAUGGGUGUCCAUAUGUUGAACUUUUAAAAAUAGAAUAGUUGAGAUGAAACCGUCUCUAGCUUGGUUUAUUGUAGUUCUAUGUUCAACAUAUGGACGCAAGUGGAAACAUGAAAAGUGAUGACUGCAAGCCAAAUGGACACCUCUGGAAGAAAAAAAUAAUAAUGCAAGAAUGGUUUGCCAAGUUUACACUGUACCCUCAAAAAAAAAGCAUACAUAUCUGUAAAAUGUGUGACGAGUCCAGGCAAACCUAGAAUGUUUUUGUUUUUUCAAUGUAGCUGGAAUCGUAUUUAAGAAAAAGACUGAUGGGGAAAGGAAAGGAAUAUUGCUCCUCAACUUUACUGAAACAUGACAGACACUAAAGCAGAGCAUCCCCAGCCUUUAGAGCUCAUAUCAAACUUUUUACCUGCCCAGCGUGCUUUCAUUUGGCUUAUAUGGCUACUGCAAAAUUAAGCUAAAGCCCCACCCAAGCUGAAUCCUCUGUAAAAAGCACACAACCAACUCUGGGAGACAGUGUUGUCCAAACAACCACAGCAGUCUCUUCCAAUCUUGUGUCGCUACUGCGAUGGUCUUUCGAAGCACACACAUGAACUUUGACACAAAUCAGCAGCUGCCCAAGAUCCUGACUGCCCAGAUGUGCACACCAUCUCUUAGGAGGUAAAGGGAAGAGCUGACUGAGACACAGGACUAGAAACUGUUUUAUCAGUAGGAAUAAAUGGUUCAAAAUAGUGUAGCCAGAGAAGGCUGCUACCUACGGGGGCUCUGUUGUCGGAGUAGCACCUCUUUCCCAGGAUGUUCUUAUUUUAAAGACUAUGUGGGAGAAAUUGAACGACAUGGACUUAGCUGGUCAGCCAAAAACCAAAGGAGCUUGAAAUUUUCAAAAUGGUCAAAAUGUAUUUAUAAAGUGCCACUGAGGAACUGACAAAAAAGGACUAUGUACAAGACAACAACUUCUAGUACAAAAUAUAUAUUGUGACUGAAACUUCAAAAAGCCUGUGUGAUUUUGUUUUCUUACCUCAGUGUGUUGAGAUGGGGGGGCUCUAUGGACGAUGUGAUAUGAUGCUCCUUUCUCUUUCCAUCGUCCUGGGUCUCUCCUCUCAGCACACCAUUCACACUUUCGUCUGGCUCCUGACUUAACAGCAUAUCUGUUUUGCACAAGCGUUGGAGAUGGUAGCUAAAUGCAUUCGGCAAAAACCCCAACUCUUGAGUGUAGAACUGUGGAAGCACUCUUUUCUGUAUUGGUGUAGUUGUCCUCAGUGGCUGCAGAGGGCGGCCUUCUCCACUCCUUAAAGAAAAAA